AUGAGCACGAACGGAGCUCCCGCGCGCCCCCCCGCCGAGCUGACGCGGCGUCUAGGAGUCGCCUACGAGAAGCGUCUGAUUGAGCAGUACAUAAACGAGCAUGGCACCGAGCCGGGAACCGGCCAGGUUCUCGCCCCCGAGGACCUACUACCCGUAAAGUCGUCGUCGGUGGUCCGCCCGCGCCCGCCUACCCUGACGUCGAUUCCUGCCCUGUUGGCGACCUUUCAGAAUGAAUGGGACACGCUGGCCCUCGAGACAUACAACAUCAGAGAGCAGCUGGCGCGGACGCGGGAAGAGCUGGCCACGGCCCUGUACCAGCAUGACGCGGCUGUCCGCGUCAUCGCGCGCCUGACGAGGGAGCGGGACGAGGCGAGGGAGUCAUUGAGCAAAGUCACCGUUACAGGCACCGCGCCGGACGGUGAGGAGAUGAUGAUUGACAGCGUCGAAACGCUUCCCGAGGAGCUAGCGGAGCGCGUCGACGAGAUCCACCAGAGGGACGCAAGAAGCGGCCGGUUCCCGAGGGCUGGGUCACCACGGCCGUGA